CCCCCGUAUUUGGGUCCUGGUCCCGCCCACUCUCCUUACGUCAAUUUUCCAGGCCUUCGCGCAUUGGCCUAGCCAAUCGAAAGCCGAAGAACCCACUCGGGCUCCAUUAAGGCCCGCCCGGUGAAUCGUCGCUGGGCUACAGCGAUGGGGUCUGGCGGGCUUGUGGCGCGGCGACUCGGGUCGCUGCUGUGGUGCAGGGCCCUUUCCCCGGGAGCUGGGCCUGCGGCGGGCGCGGGGCCCCGGCUUGGGCUGCUGGCCGCGGGGUGGCAUAAGGCGGGACAGGCGCUCGACCGGGCCUGCCUGACUCCCGAUCACGCGCGCGGCCUGCACGGCGGACCCGGCCUGGAGGAGCGGGCUCAGGGGGCAGCCGGUGAGGGGCAGUCGGAGUCAAGCACAGCAGAUCAUACUGGCCCCAAGUUUGACAUCGAUAUGCUGGUUUCACUUCUGAGGCAAGAGAAUGCAAGAGACAUUUGCGUGAUCAAGGUUCCUCCAGAAUUGAAAUACACAGAUUACUUUGUGAUUGGUAGUGGAACAUCUACCCGACACUUGCAUGCCAUGGCCUACUACAUUGUGAAAAUGUACAAAUACUUGAAAUGUAAAAGCAAACCUCAUGUUAAGAUUGAAGGGAAGGACACUGAUGACUGGCUGUGUGUGGACUUUGGCAGCAUGGUGAUUCAUUUGAUGCUUCCAGAAACCAGAGAGACCUAUGAAUUAGAGAAAUUAUGGACCCUACGUUCUUAUGAUGACCAGUUAGCUCAGAUAGCACCUGAGACAUUACCCGAAGACUUCAUUCUUGGAAUAGAAGAGGACACUUCAUCCCUGACUCCAGUGGAGUUCAGAUGAGAAUAAAAUGAUAUGAACUGCUUUAGUCAUUAUCAGAUUUGGAUUGAGUCACUUAAAAAUGUAACUGAAUGAAACCCCACCUACUUGGUCAGGUUGUUGUCAAAACAAGUCUUAUUUAUGGGCACUCAUGCUAAAUGAAUGUGGAAAUUGUAGGUAAGUGAGCUAAUCCUCACACGAAGAAUCAAUAUGUUCAAAUUAAAAUUUUAAUAUAUUGUUUUUAUUCCUGAGAUCCCAGCAGGAUUUCUGGGAGCUAACACUGGCCCCGGCCUCUGUGUUCUCUGUUCACAGUUUAAUUAAUUUUGUGUAAGUGUAAAUCUUAUUUGGUAGAAUGGAAUAGCCAGGUUUUGGUUUUUUUUUUUUAAUAAAGCAGAAAACACAUAACUGCCCCAUUGGUGUUGUUACUUAAAACCUACAGUUUUUAGUUCAUAUGUACCAAUAUUGUAAAGAUCCAAAGUAAGUACUAUGGAAUGUAGAAAAUAAUGUACCACUUGAUAUUGGUACUUGCCUUGAGACUGACGUAGUAUUACUAAAAAUCUGUUUAUAGUUUGACCAAAUUUGAACAUUCAUGUUUAUUUGAAAAACCAGAAAUAAACGAUACCAUACACCAA